UUAGCGCACGCCAUACAGCUGCAGCUCCAUCUCCACACGACCACACCAUUGCUGUUAGAGUUACCUGGCCUGUCUACCCCUGCGUACCCGAAGGCAUAGUCACAGCCUCAGUAUCCUUCCUGCAAUACAACCUUAGCAUACUUGAGUAUGCUUGCAGACUACCAGCUGCCAACUGUCUCAACAACAUUCACUGAGUCUCGUCUUACGAGCUAUCGCUAGCGAGCCAUACGCGAGCCAUACUACUUCAAGGUUACAGUCCAGCCAAAUCGACGGCGGCCCUUCCGCAAGAAAGAGAGAGAGUACGAUGUCAGAUGAUAGAUCAAGAUCAAGGUCCAGAAGCCGAGCUGGAGAUGGAACCGAGCUUUGGUUCGACCUGCCUAGUUUUGACACGGAUCAUCAGCCUGAGCAGUCGGCAUAUCGCACCACGUCAAGUCGCUUGAGCAUGGGCUCGACAACUUCAGUCGCAUCACAAACACCAAUGUCGGUUCCCGCAAUCUCUACGAUGCCAGACUUCAAUAAGUCGCUACCACUACCUCCAUCCGAUGCAGAGAGGAAGAGUCGAAGACAGACUACAUUGAGAUCUUUCCUACGAGGAAGGUCUACAAGCAAUCACCUGGAUCCAUCACAUUUGCAGCCAGAGCCAUCCUCUCAUCAUCAACGACAUCUCUCCGUUGGAGCUCAUCUGAGCGUGGACGUGCACGGUCACUACCAGCAGCAAUACUCUCGCAGUAUGCCAAAUUCACCUCAUGGCCACCGCCAAGAAUCCAUCUCAACAUAUCCACCGCCUCUUGGUCGUGUUCGCUCAGCAAACCCGGCCUUUCAAGACACGACUCACUAUUUGCCUUACGUUGCUCCACAAGAAUACGCCCCGCGCCCAAGCUCUCCCGGCGCACCUUUUGACUUGUCUCCUACUAGAGCACGAACUUUUCCAGAUACAACAAUAAGCAGUCCCACCGCACGCAAUAGCGUGUCAAAUAGACCGCGGCCACAUACGUGGCUGUCUCCAACCGAACCUUUCGCCGAUCCAUCUCAAUUUCAUCUCUUUGUAGAAGCGACAACUGGCCUUCCCGACGACUCAGACCCAUGGUCACCGAAUGGCCCAAAUCGACUACAAAGCUCGCUUUUUGCACGCAGACCGAGUAAUGGCUCUACUCCUGUUGCGUCUCAGUAUAUUCCAGCGCCAAUACCAGAUCGUACACAUCAAACUGCAAGCUGGCAAAGCUUUGAGCCGCCACUUACGUCUUCACGAUCAGUAUCUGCACCCAUGCCGAGCGCAAUACGUCAAAAUACAUUCCACACAUAUCAUUCCAAUCUCACACCACACAUGAACGCUAUCAACGCUGAGUUGGAGAUGCUGGGCCUCGAUGGUGAUUCGCCAAACGACGACGAACUCCCAGACUACGCACAGAGUCAAGCCGAGAUGAAUGAGAAAAAAAGGGUAGAAGCAUCAGCUAGGGCACGAGAGUUGGAAGCGAGAUGGCGCGGUGCGAGAAGUAGCAGAAGCUGACACGUUCCGGGGAACUCGCCAUACUACGUUCCCACGAUCGUUUAUCUGACCAUGGCGUUUAUUGCAUCAGUCAAUCACAAAAGAUACCCUCGCUUCAUCGUUUCAUUUUUGUAUUCCCCUGUAGCUUUUUGGAUUCUGUACAUAUUCCUUUCAGAACGAAAAUGUACACAGAUGCUAUCAGAUCCUCAGUCUUCCACAUCUUCAUGCCCAAUCAUAUGAGAUUUCCGCUAAGCCCUAAGUUACUCAUGGGCGUAGAUCGACACUUCUGGUUAAUUGCGAUCCCGUGAAGUCAGAAGACGGCCGAGACCUAGGUAGUUAGCAGUACGCCUUGCAAAAAGCCUCGAAGUCAUGUUAUGCGCUCCAAUCUUGUUUGCACUAUGUGGAACCCCGAAGUCUCC